AAAAGAGGAGGACUUCGACAAACACUCUCACACACUCUCACAAACUCUCAGAUUCUCACACACUCACUCACACACACACCGCUCAGGAUGUCUGCUCCUCGUGUUAUCCUGUCAGUGCUGGUGCUGAUGUUCAUCUGUAUCUCUGUGACUGAAGGUCUGCGUGGAACCGGUCCAAAGAAAUGCUGCUUUCGCUUCAGCAACUCUCCGCUGCCAAGAAACAAAGUGGUGGGAUACGUGAAUACCAGCCAGCGCUGCUCCAACCCCGCUGUGCUGCUGAAGACAGUGGCCGGACGCCAGGUGUGUGCCAGACCUUCAGACUCCUGGGUGAAGGAGCUGAUCAGCUCGCUGGACGCUGCAGUGGGAGACACGUCCCACCUGUAACACCAGCACCAACACCCUUAAAGACCACCACCGAUGAACACCACCUCAUUCAGACUGCAGCUCUGUCCUCUUGACCCACCCAGUCCUCUCAGAGGAACACUCAGACCGUCCUCACUGUGAUUCAAUACUUUAUUCAUCAGUCAGUAGAGUAUAAGCUACAUGAUAUGUCUGCGCUCUGGACUUGUUUUUGUUUGAAUUCUCUAAAUAUGAAGAAAAAUAUAAUCUAUGACUGUGAGCUUCUGAAAAAUUCUUAAUUCUUUCAAAUAAAAGAAAGAAGUUUCAGCUUGA